CUGAAUUGUGAAUCAUCCUUUUUUUUCUGUGUUUUGUGUCUCAAGAAAAAAUUUUUUCAACAAAAACUAAAUAAUUAUGCAAAUUCAACAAUCAAAAAUUGAUAAAAAUCAAAUGAUGGCAUCAAUAAUGGCCAUCAUAGCGAUGAUGAUUAUGGUUACGAUGGCCACACCAAUUCAAGACAAUAAUAAUGUUAUUGGUGGUGGUAAUAGUGGUGAAGAUAUGAUCGUACCAUUGGAUUCAAAUUCAUUAAAAUCAAUAUUAUUAUAUAAUCGUUUACAACAAUUAAUUGAAAAUGAACCAGAAAUGUUAGAUCUAUUCGAUAUGGAUCAUAAUCAUUUAACACGUAUUAUUGAUGAAUUAUUAGCUAAAUCCAGUCAAAUACGUGUAAGAAAAUUUUUAAAUGUUAAAAGCAAUAAACGUGCAGCCGCCAUGGGUGUCGAUCUACCCGAUUAUAUUCUACAUAUUAAUAAAGGAAAAAAUUUUGAUUUUUCAUCAUUUCGUGAAAAGAUGCAAAAAUCUGGUUAAGAGAAUCAAAGUCCAAACAAACAACAAACCAAACACACACACACACACAUCAACACAAUAUCCCCUUAAUUGAUUGAUAAUUUUUUUGAAUCCAUAACACAUUUCCAAAACAAAAUACAUUCCAAGUAUCAUCAUCAU